ACAAAGCGAGUCUACGUCACAUUUACGUGUGGUGUGCGUCACUGCUUCUCGCUAACUACCCCCAAGGCACCAAAUUUCCCAAAACAACCUCUAGUGAGAACCAGAACAACGAUAAAUACCAAUAUGAUUAUCUAGUGGCCUGGAAAAUAUGAGAAUGAGGUGAAAUGACGAACAAAUUGGAAGCAUAACACACCGCUAGAAGUUUAUAUUUUUGUUAGCAUACUUGAGAAAGAGAAAUAGAGAACACGAGGACUAAGAUCAUCAUGAGUGAGGGCCAAGACACGGGAGGCAUGGCAGUGGAGGUGACCAGCCAGGGCAUGGAGGUGUUCAAGAAGCCCCUGCAGCCAGCGCCCCACAGGAAGAGGAAGGUGCUGGAUGAGGAGGCCUAUGUCAGGGAGAUGGAGAAAAUCAUAGAGAGAGACUUUUUCCCUGACCUGGACAACCUGAAGGAGAGGAUGGAGUACAUUGAAGCCAAGGAGAGCAACAAUGUGGGCAAGCUGAGGGCACUCUUCAAGAAAUACGCCAGCGAGGGCAACGCAUCAACACUCCGCAGCAUUGAGAACAGCCCGGCCACCUUUGAGACCCCAGCAGAGGCGAAGGGCUGCUCCACCCCCGCCUCCCACCGCUCCCAGGACUCUGACACUGAGUCUGUCAAGGAGGAGAGGGAGUCUGUGAAGGAAUCCGAGGGCAAGGGUGAGAUGUCCCUGGACGAGUUUUUGGCGAGACACACGAGUGAGGACAACGAAAGCUUUGAGGAACUGAUGAAGGAUAAUGAGAGGAAGUUUAGACAGAAGCAUGCGUGGAUGUUUGAAGCAGAGGAGAAGCACAACAAAGACCACAUGCCGAACCUCGCCCUGCCAUCCGCGGAGCAGCAGGUGGAGGCGAGCAUCCUGGCUAUUACUGGCGUCUCUCAGGAAAAGGACACCAGACCUAAGAGUGUGGAGAACUGGAAAUUCAACACCUUUAAUUCAGUCAUGUUUGUGCCAGAUGGAGUCGACAUGUCCCAGGAUAAGCUGAUAGAGUUAAGGAAGCAGAAGAAGCAAGCCAUCAGCCUGCAGAACACUCGGUUUGACGGCAACCCCUUCACAGAGACCAUGAGUGCAGCAGCCAUGUUGGAGGCCUCGGCAGUGCAGGCCAUCAAGAAGGAGGGCAAGGUGGGCGUUGAUGGCAGGGAGCUUGGCAAGGAGACGCCCCGGGUGAACGGAUACAACUUCGUGACAGCUCCCUCGCCCAUGCCGGGAGUGGACGCCUCGCCUCUCAUGACCUGGGGAGAGGUGGAGGGCACCCCGUGUCAGCUGGAUGGCAGUCAGACCCCCUUGCUCAAGAAACACACCCCAGGCCCCUCCUACAGGAUACCCCAGCUUCCCAGUAGAGACCGCAUUGGCCACCGGCUUUCAGAACAGGCCAGCCAGAAGCACCGCAACAAAAAGCUGAAGGCAGUGAUGGCUGCCAAGCAGGGCCUGACAUCCCCACUGAUCAGGUUUGGCUCACAAUCCUCACAGGAGAGAAUGAUGUCCAUGUCUCCUGCUGCUCAGAAGCUUCUCAAGAGCAAAGUCAAGCUGCAGCACGGAGUAGACAAGGUCCUGCAGGCCUCCUACACACCGUCCCCCAGCAUGAGGCGCACCCCGGCCACCCCAGGGGCCACGACGCCCAGCUUUGGGGACCUCACCUGUGCGUCUCGAAGCACCACACCCAAGAUGCAGACUCGGACGAAAAGGAUGGCUGCGGUGGGUGCCGAGGAUGCUGAAUUCUCCUCAGGACUCACCGAUAACUUGCUGGACUUGCCAAGGAGAUCGAGAAAGUUGUCGCCGCAGGAAGGAAACAGCACGCAGCCUCCUCCGGGCAGCAGGAAGUGUGCUGCUGACUUCUUUUAGCAGCACGUGUAUGUAUGUGUGUGUGUGUGUAGCGUGUGUUGCGUCUCUUCUGUGAUGGCAGUGAAUGUAAGGAAGGAAAUUAUACUAUGUAUAUGAUCCAUUAAAUAAUUAUGCAAAUUAACAAA